CAUCUUUUAGCGUCUGUGCACUGCAAUUAUUAUGAGAGUGAGUCAAUAAACAAUAUCCUAAAGAUACCAAAAGUCGAAGGAGAACAUGUAAUUACUUGGUGUACGACCUCUUUAUCAGCUCAGGAAAAGUGUGAAAAAUUAAUGAAAACUUCAAUGCAAGACAAAGGUCUAUUUGGCAAGGAUUACAUUGAAUUGCAAUGCAAAAGGGCUUUUGAUUCAGAAGAAUGUAUGAACUGGGUGGACAGGGGUGAGGCAACUCUACUUGGCCUUGAUGCUGGAGAAGUAUAUGUAGCAGGCAGAUAUCAUUCACUUGUUCCAAUCUUGCAAGAGUUAUAUGGGCGUGGAGAACCUUACCAGUAUGCAGUAGCAGUAUUGAACAAAGGAGGUCUACCUCAUGUGCAGCCAGGAAUGGGCCUGCAUGGUCUCCGAGGAGUAAAGGCUUGCUUUCCUGGAGUGGGUGCACUAGCUGGAUGGGUCAUGCCAAUUCACAUUUUAAUGCAAGAAGGUGGUCUCAAAAUAACAGACUGCAAUAACCAUGUCAAAUCUGCUAUAGAGUAUUUUGGAGAAUCAUGUGCUCCUAAUUCUUUGAAGGAUUUGUACAAUCCAAUUGGUGAUAAUUCUGACAAGUUAUGUAAACUGUGUGUGGGUGGUGCAGGCAUUAGAUGUACUUUGGCAGACCCUUAUGCGGGUUAUGAGGGGGCUUUAAAGUGUCUUGUUGCAAAUGGAAGUGGAGAAAUAGCUUUCGUAAGAGACACUACAAUACAACAUGCUCUGCUAUCAAGAAAAAUACUAGGUGGUAUAAGCGAAGAUCGUUUCGAGUUACUAUGCCGUGAUGGGUCCCGUCGAAGUGUAACGGAAUGGGAGCAGUGUAACUGGGGCCGCGUGCCCGCCGACGCGAUAGUUACUAGCAGUGCUGCCACCACAGAAAAACGAGCGAAAUACCAAAGAUUUCUUCUGAAGAUAGUUGAACUGUACGGAGAACCGAACCCAUACAACAAAAUGUCAAACCGCACUGACAAUUAUAAACCUGUCAAUGGUUAUGGCAAUCCUUAUACAACCACUGAGCAAUCACGGUACGACCCAUACAGAAGGGAUAACUUCAACAAUUACAAAGAAGAAGAACCAAAUUCAUCGUUGUAUUCGCCAUACAAAAAACGCGUUAACAACAAUGGUCAACCCAUCGAGUCCCAGUUUCAACUGUUCAGCUCAAAUGGCACCACUGAUUUACUUAUACAGGAUGCCACUAUAAAUUUCCUAGCAUUGAAAGAAGAGGACCAGGCAGCUAAGCACAUCCUAAACAACGACUUUGUAGGUGACCAAGCAGAGAGAGCAGUGUUAGCUAUACGGGAUUGUCCAGUUAAACGUGCUGUACUGUGCGUCACCAGCGAUGCCGAGAUGGAGAAGUGCGUCAAAAUGAGGGUCGCGUUGAAAGCCGCGUUUCUUUCCCCAUUAUUGAUUUGCUGGCGUGGGCAUAGCACGAGGCAUUGCGAGCGUGCCAUCGCCGAAGGAACCUGUGACUUCGCUAUGUUUGACUCAGGGGAUAUGCUUCAUGCAGCUUAUAACCAUAGACUCGUACCUUUCAUGCAAGAGGUGUAUUCGAGUGGCAACGAUUGGUAUUACGCAGUGGCGGUCGCUAAGGAACAAGACCCGGACACUGAACUGACGUACCUGCGCGGCAAGAACACUUGCCAUACAGGCCUCGGCAUGGCCGCGGGGUGGUUAUAUCCACUAGCGUACCUCAUAUCAAACGGAUGGAUCAGAUCGUACAGUUGUGAUGGGGCUCACGCUGCUGCGGAAUACUUCACGAAGUCGUGCGCACCUGGAGCGUUGAGUAACGAAUACGUGGAUUCUAAUACUGUGCCUCAAGAUAACCUGUGCCAUUUAUGCCAUGGAGCUUCCUUCAGACGUUGUCGCCGCGACGCCAGCGAGGACUACUUCGGUCACGUGGGCGCGGUGCGGUGCAUGGUGGAGGGUGGCGGGGACGUGGCGUUCGUGCGUCACACCACGCCCGCGGAGGUGUCCGGCGGGCGGCGCCGCGAGUGGUGGGCGAGGGACCUGCUGCCCUCCGACCUGCAGCUGCUCUGUCCGGACGGUGAGUACUGUAGCGUUAAUGCGUCACACCGCGAGUGGUGGGCGAGGGACCUGUUGCCCUCCGACCUGCAGCUGCUCUGUCCGGACGGUGAGUACUGUAGCGUUCGUGCGUCACACCACGAGUGGUGGGCGAGGGACCUGCUGCCCUCCGACCUGCAGCUGCUCUGUCCGGACGGUGAGUACUGUAGCGUUAGUGCGUCACACCGCGAGUGGUGGGCGAGGGACCUGUUGCCCUCCGACCUGCAGCUGCUCUGUCCGGACGGUACUCGAGCCAAAGUGCAUGAAUACAAGCACUGUAACCUCGGUAAAGUCCCAGGAUCAGUACUGAUGGGCCGUGCCAAUCAUACCGAGUUGGACACCUACUCCAAUCUGAUGAUCUAUGCUCAGCAACUAUAUGGUGCGACGGCGGCUGAUGAAUUCAGCUUCAGCAUGUUCUUCUCUCAACCACCGUAUUCAGAUCUCAUAUUCAGCGACGCCGCUGUCCGUUUAAAGCCCCUUUCCCACCAAAAGCGAUCGGCAGACAUAAUAGCAGGGAAAGCAUUACCAAGGGCAGCUAAAAUCGUUUCGUGUGAUGCACCACAGUCCGCCUAUUAUAUUGCUGCUGAUUCCAAUUUCUUAUCUCAAGCCUAUAGAAUUGGGGUCGUUGGUCAUAUUAUCGCAAUAGCUUUGUUCGUAGUAGCUUUAUUAAGAUAA